AUGGCACGAUCAAGCAUCGCUUUAGCCCUUCCGGCACUUGUGAUAACGUUUCUCCUGAGUGGGUCUCAAGUUGCAGAGUCUAGGCGAAUUCGUUUGGCAGAGACUCAGGAAACCCUGGAGGAGAUUGCUAUUCGCUUGAGAGCAGCCGCUGAUCAGGCUGCUGCGGAGCUCGAAGCAGCUGAGGCCGUCGCCGACACUCGCGCCGCCGAAGAAGCGACUGCGGCCGCCAACAAGAACGCGACGGACGCGAAGCAGGCGACCGCGGGGCUGAAGAAGAAAGCGGAAGCCGCCGAUAAGUAUCAGAAGGCGCAGGAGAAGGCGCAAAAGGCGCUGGAAAAAUCUGCGCAGGCGAAGGCGCGGAAAGACAAGGCCGUGUCUGCGGCAGGCGCGCAGCAGCAGGCCGCCGACGAUGCGACCAAGGCGGCUGCGGACGCCGCCAAGAGCAAGGGCAAGGGCAACGGCGCGGCGAAGGCGGCGGAGGCGAAGGCGAAGGCGGAGCAGAAGAAGGCGGCGGAGCUGAACAAGGCCGCGCAGAGCGCAUCCGCGGAAGAGUCCUCCGCAAACGCGGAAGCAACCAAGGCCGCCGCGGAGGCGGCGCGGACUCUCAAAGUGACCCUCACGCCGGAAGACCAGGCGCUUCUGGACAAAGCGGCUGCGGCGGAGGCGGCGGCGGCGAAGGCUGAGGCGGAUGCCAAGGCGGCGGAAGACGCGGCGAAGGCGGCGGAAAAGGUGGCGAAAGCCGCGGCGGUGCGGCUGACGAAGCUGAGGGCGGCGCUGAGGGCCGCGCAGGCGCGCAGGGCGGAGGCGGACAGGAUCGUGGAGGAGAAGACCGCGGCCGCGGAGGCUGCGGAGGCUGCAGCGGAGGCCGCGGAGGAGGCGGCUAGCCGCGCUGCUGGGUCGGAGGGUGCACCUGGUUCGGAGAGCGCGCCUGGCUCGGAGGCUGCCCCUGGGUCCAAGGCUGCUCCGUGA